CUAUGGAUAGUUAAAGUGUGGCCAACGUUGGAUCACGAAAGUUUAAGUUUAUUAAUUUUAUUGGUAAAACUGGCGAUGGCCAGAGCUUGGACAAUGACAGGUGACUUUUUGUUUAUUUUGUGGUGACGAUUUUGUUUAUUAGCAGACAAAAUUUCAAGGCUGGCAGGAGAGGUGUUAUGUACUGCUGCCGCAUUCUUUUGUAGUUCCUGGUUUUUAUUAGCGACGGGACUUAGGUGACGGCAACAUGGCACCCGCCCUUAGUAAAUACGUAACAAAAAAGUCCGUCGCGGGUGCUGUGUCAUUUUCAGUAUUAUUGUGGCUGCUUCGCUUACGGAAAAGUCGAAACAGGGCAGCGAAAAAGUUCAUCAAGAAACCGGCUCACAGCGACAUACAGUAUGUUGUGGGAGAGAAGUCGACACAGAAGACGAAGGCGCAGGUGGACGCUGUGUUCUUCCGGCAGCUGUGCAAGCUGCUGUCCAUUGUGGUGCCGGGCGUGUUCACGCCUGAGUCGGGGUUCCUGCUGCUGGUGGCUGGAGCGCUGGUGGCACGCUCCCUCUGCGACCUGUGGAUGAUCCAGACCGGCACGCACAUAGAGACAGCUAUCGUCAACAUGGACGGAACAGUGUUCAGGAACAAAAUACUGCUGUUUGCCGCAGCAAUGCCGUUUAUAGCGAUGGUAAACAACGUAUUGAAAUUUGGAAUUUGGGAGCUGAAACUUCGCUUCAGAACAAGACUCACCCACUAUCUGUACGAACACUACCUGAAGGGCUUCACCUACUACAAGAUGAGCAAUCUGGACAACAGGAUAGCCAAUGCUGAUCAGCUUCUGACGACGGACGUGGACAAGUUCUGUGAGACGGUCACAGAUUUGUACUCCAACAUUAGCAAGCCAGUCCUGGACAUCUUCAUUUACGUUUACCGCUUGACGACCAGGAUUGGUGGUAAGACGCCCUCUCUGCUGAUUGUGUACCUGAUGGUGGCGGGCUUCGUACUGACGUACCUCCGCCGGCCGACGGGCCGCAUGACCGUGGUCGAGCAGAAGCUAGAGGGAGAGUUCCGCUAUAUUAACUCGCGGCUCAUCACCAACGCGGAGGAGGUGGCGUUCUACCAGGGCAACCAGCGGGAGAAGCUCACUCUGCUGGCCUCCUUCGAAAAGCUAACGAACCACAUGAGGAAGUUCUUGGAGUUCCGCGUUCUGAUGGGUGUUGUUGACAACAUUGUCGCCAAAUAUAUUGCUACGGUUGUUGGUUAUUACUCGGUUAGUUUGCCAUUCUUCGACAAAAACCACCCAUUAUUAACUGGCUGUACUCAAGAGGAAAGGUUUAGGCACUACUACACAUCGGGCCGCAUGCUGGUGAAGCUAGCGGAGGCCAUCGGCCGGCUGGUGCUGUCGGGCCGUGACAUGACGCGGCUGGCAGGCUUCACCGCACGCGUCACCGAGCUCAUAAAGGUGCUCUCCGACCUGAACCAGGGCCUGUACGAGCGCACCAUGGUCACCAACGGCUCCGUCUCGUCGGUGCUCACCGAGCAAGGGCUUAAGGAUGCCUCUGGAGUGGUGCAGAAGCAGCGCUCCACGCCGUUGGUGCCCGGCUCGGGCCGGAUCGUGUACCAGGACAACGUGAUCCGCUUUGACCGGGUGCCGCUGGUCACUCCCAACGGUGACAUGCUGGUCGAGGAGCUGUCGUUCGAGGUGCAGUCGGGCGUGAACGUGCUAGUGUGCGGCCCCAACGGCUGCGGCAAGAGCUCUCUCUUCCGGGUCCUGGGCGAGCUGUGGCCAAUGUUCGGUGGCACGCUGACCAAGCCGCCGCGGGGCAAGCUGUUCUACAUCCCACAGCGGCCGUACAUGACGCUGGGGACGCUGCGGGACCAGGUGAUCUACCCGCACUCACGGGAGGAGAUGCUUCGUCGCGGCCAGACAGACGCCCAGUUGGCCGAGCACCUGGAGCGCACCAAGUUGACGUACCUGCUGACAGGCCGCGACCAGGGCUGGGACGCUGUCGAGGACUGGAUCGACGUGCUGUCUGGCGGCGAGAAGCAGCGCAUCGCGAUGGCACGCCUGUUCUACCAUCGACCACAGUUUGCAAUUCUGGACGAGUGCACGUCGGCAGUGAGCGUGGACGUGGAGGGCUCCAUGUACCAGUACUGCCGUGAGGUCGGCAUCACGCUCUUCACUGUCAGCCACCGCCGCUCCUUGUGGAAGCACCACGAGUACUACCUGCAAAUGGACGGAAGAGGCCACUAUGAGUUCAAACCCAUCGAAGAAGACACAAAAGAGUUUGGCUCCUGAAGAUUUGUCUUUCAAAGAUCCCAGAAGGGAUGGGGGAAGUAUAAAAAAUUUCACAAGUGCCCUUAACCACAAAGUGAAUUACUGUAAGUUGUUUUAUCUUUUAUUUCAUUUCACAUAUAUGACAGGAAUAGAAGAACAAAAAGACAUUGGUUCUAUUGUCAAACCUCUAAAUUACAAUCAUGUAUUUUUUUAAAUCAGUUCAGUAGCCGAAUUUUUGUUUCAUAAUUUUUUUUCUUUCAACCUUAUUUUCUGUUUAAAGAAGUGAGACAAUUUCUCUUUAAUUACAGCAGAAAAAUUUGUGGGUUCAUGCUGUUACAAGCCUCGUUACGGAGGUAAUUGUAAUAAAAUGUUGGUUGUUUAGAGGUUUGACUAAAUUGGUUAGAAUUUUAAUGUUUGUGGGACCAAAGGCUUUUCUUAUCAGUAAACAUGUGAAAGCAUAGGCAAUGUUCAGGUUUAAAUCUGUGCCAGUGAAAAAAAGGAGGGGGGGGGGGGGAACCCUUAAAAAUCUAGACUAUUUAUAUGAUUUGUAAUUACUAAAUUAUUAUUUUUUUAUUAAAAAAAGUUUAAUUUACUCAGUUAAAUAAUUUUGAGUUUUUUAAAACAUAAAUUUGUGGGUAGCCUGGAAUUGUGUGACUUUGUGCAUCUGUGGUAGUACUUUUUACCUGAGCUUUACUUUUGACUGGUUGAGUUUUGGCAUGAGUUGAAUAUUUAAGUUUAUUAAUGCCCAUUUUGUGCCUGUGAAUAUCGUAGUAAAUGAUUCAAUUAGUAGUUUUCAGUGUUAUUGUGAACAAGCAAAACUAAAAACUGGCUGUUUACUCCAAGUAUGUACUUGAACACAUUUGUGUGAACAGCCCAGAAAGUUACUGUGCUAAAGAAAAGGAAUGCUUUAUUUGUGCUGAUAGGUAUAUGAUGUAUUUAUUCUACCAAAUUGUCCUUUCAAAAUAAGUGAGGCAGUGCUCUAUUAAGGUAGUACUGUGGUUUACUAUUUUCAGUAUCAUUGCAAUACAUGUAAGCCAUAAUAAUAACAACUUGUUAAUGGUGAUAUACAGAAUGUAUUCAAAAUGCAGGUAAAAACUGUAGUUACAGAUGCAGGAAAAGUCAAUAUACAUAGGUAUGGAAAUGCUUAUGUUUAUUGUUGGUGCUGUUACCGUGGACGAGAUAUGCUGGAUACCUGUUAUGUGAAAUGCCAUAUUGGGGAGUGUGUACAUAGUACACAAAAUGUAUGGUUUUCUGUGUACCUUGACAAUAUGGCAUUUCACAUAAUAGGGCUCCAAUGUAUCUCAUGUACACAGUAAAAAUGGCUAUAGUAUAACCGACAUGGACAUUUCUGUAACCUCUAGAAUCUUUGCGUAUGAAACAGUUAUUACAUGAAUUUUUGAUACAUACUGUUUUACUUAUCACUGGAUCAUUUAUUUUGGUAUCUUUAAUAUUUAUUACCUUUACAAAUAACAUCAUAGCAAAAAUUGAUUUUGCCAAUACUUAAAUUGAAAUAUUGCUUAUCACAACAAUCUCAAAGAUAUGGAUAGCGGAAACACGUCGCACAUAUUCUUCUUAAGAGCGUAACAAUUUUUGUUAUUUCUCCAUAUUUUAACUAUACAUUUCCAUGGCAAAACGUUUUGGUGUUUAGGCUUGCUGAUAGUAAAGAAAACAGCCGUAAAAUGCUGCGGUUGAAAAAUUGCAAUUUCUUUAAUAUACGUGCAGUCAUAUUUUAGUAACAUUAAAACAUUUAAAAACAUUUAUAUAAAAUUAAAUUUGAAACUUAACAAAUAUUUUUAUUUUCAAAUGUUUGCACACCCAUAGCGCAUCAAGUAAUGGUUGCCCAUAUAUUGCCUUGUAGAUUUUGGACUUCUGAAGCCUGGUGCAACCCAUACUACAGAUUUUGGUGGUUCCAUUGUUUUUUGAGGUUGGAGAUUGUAAUGUGGAAUUACAUGUGUUUACAGUCUGUGUCUGCACGGAUGAGGAUAAUUUAUUAAUAACUUCCAGUUUUACACUGUAGUGGUGUUAAAUUAUCAUGGAAAGGAUGUCAAUACUAUGUUUAUAAAUAGUAAAAUAUUCAUAUAAUAAUGUUCACAAAAUCCUUGAAGACAUGUACAUGAUUUGAGUACACUAUUUUUAUAUUGAUCUUAAGUAAUUUUUUUAAACUUUUUAUGAUGUUGUAUACUGUUAAAAUUAUCAUGGUGUUGUUCCAAAACUACUUAAUCUGAUAUAUAUAUAAAAGAGAGAGAGAAAUAUAUUAUAUUAAUGUUUUUAAUACAUUGUAAUUAAAGUACUUUGUUAUAAAAUUUGUAUUUUGAACGACGGUGCAGUUUGGAGUGUUUUGAAGUUUUUAUGAUAAUGUUGGUUGUGCAUUUUUGAUUAAAUAUUGUUGAUGUUAUUAAAUGUUAACCAAGUAUGUGAAUUAAACAUUUUUUUACUUGGCU